UAUCCGACCAACACCGACUAUGCAAAUUAUGCUAAAUAGCAUAGCAUUAAAUAUCGCAGAUACAAUAUAUUUAAUGCUCUGACAUUGUUCGGCAAGGCAAUGGCAGAAUACAUAACAGCAAAUAGAUGGAUAACCGGAGUUGCUACGCACAAAACUAAGAGUGGACGCAUUCUCUGCACAGGUUUUGGUUGCAUCGGCUGCUUCCCGCAAGACUUUCCAGAAAUCGCCUGCGAGCUUGAGGUAUACGACAGCAAAACCGGUCUGCUGUUCGCAGAGAGCUGGACGAACGAAUUUCGCAGUGUUAACAGCGAAAGCGUCAUGGAAACGGGAAAGCAAAGAAACAGGAAAAUAAAACCUACGAAACAAAGACGCUGUUCUACGAACUCACAAAACGACGACUCGGAUACAGAAAACGUGGAUGGCAUUGAAAAUGAAAACGUGCAAGAUUGGAAAUUCAGGAAGUUGUUUAUUACAGAAUGCGAGCAAGAAGAUACGCAAAGCAAAACGUCUGUAGAAACUGAAGCACAUAUACCACAUCAAGAAAAACUACCUUGCAUCACAGAAAACAGUAAGGAAUAUUCCCUGCCUUCGGGUACACAAAACCUUGCAAAACAAAUAAGCUUUCAUGUUGAAAGAGAGGAUUGUGUUUGUUUAUUCUUUGAUUCAGAAUAUAAUCAUGGUUCGCGUCGGUUAUCAAAGUUCGGGAUUCUCGAAAUCGUCAACUCACUGACCUCAAUAAUGCAUUUAAACGAAAUCAAAUGCGUUCAACGGUUGAAUGGGUUAUGGCACAUUGUGCUGAGGACCAGAGAGCAUCUUCCAUGUUUGUUAAAAAACGGUCUCGAAAUCCGAUGUCGAUCCUUUAAAGUGGUGCAAGAUAAUACCAAGUAUUGCGAGAAAGUGUACUAAAUACAUUUAUAUUGUUCUUUGUAUUUUAACGAGUGAUGAUUGGUUGUAACAAAUAUGGCAAAUCGCCUGAUAAUCCAAACAUUUGUACAAGGAUUAGAGCACCCUUUUUUAGCAUGGUUUUAUUUGUAGCCUGACGGUUAAAAAUGCACAAAACGCAGACUGAGCAUAUGACGUCAUUCCUCGCGGGUAUAUGACGUCAUGAUAAUUUGUCAUGACAAAUAAAGGUCCAACAAUAAGUUGCAAAAAAAUAAAUCAGGACAGAAAGCCGUGAACAUGAAAGGUAUUUUGUCUAUAAAUAUACACACAUUUAGUUAUGCAAUUUAAAAGAAUAAAUAAAAUCACUAACUAAUGCACUUGUAAUUAUAGGAUCAAACUCCUUACGAUUGGU